CGCAUGCGCACUAUAGUAAUAUCCGGUUAAACCAGGAAAUAAUAAAUAUUGUUCUAUCGGUAUCAUUUCGAGCGUGAAAUUUAUGAAAACCCAAUAAUGUCAUGCGUAAGUGUUUAUUGACUGAGAUGUAAAUUUUGGCAAAUAACAUGGCGGAAAGCGAUGACGUGCCGGAAGAUUUCUCCUUGCCGCUAAAAUAUCAAGAAGUCCACUUGCAGGGUCUAAAACACAGUGCCAGAAAAAAGAUAUCUUUGUACAUGAAUCUUGAGGGAUCCAUAACAGGAGAUGUGGAUCUUAUCAAUAAUUUCGUUGGACUUGCUGAGUUGAUAGGAUUUGAGUAUCUAGAAAUCGGCAAUUUUGAGAUCCAGAGAAGUCCAACUGAGGCUCUCCUAAAUGAAUGGACGAAUAGACAGGAUCUGUCACCCACGGUGGGAGCGUUAUGGAAGCACCUGCUGUGUCUUCAACGGUUUGAUGUUCUCGAAGGCAUCUGGAAGUUGAUAAGGAGAGACUGUGACAAAUACCUUGCUAUCAAAUCACAAUUUUCAAAGAGUCCAAUUCAAGACCAAACAGUUUCUGGCACAGAUGACCAUAUGGUAGAUGAUGGCCAGGUAUCAACAGUCCAGGAUGUUGAACUCGGAGACCAGACAAUGUAUGAUGCAUUUGUGUGCUACAACCCGGAGGGGAAGUCAGACCUGGCUUUUGUACGGGAGUUAAUCGAGCAGCUUGAGGGCAAACACGGCCUCAAACUGUUUGUGCCAUGGAGGGAUGAUUUAGCCGGAGGGUCACACAACACUGUCUGUGCUAAACUCAUCGAACACAGGUGUAAGCGGAUGAUUAUAGUGUUAUCCCCUCAGUACCUGCAAAGUGCAUCCUGUGAUUUCCAGACAAAAUUCGCUCAAGGACUGUCUCCAGGUUGCCGAACAAAACGUUUAAUUCCUGUCCUGAUUGAACAGUGUAUAAUACCUGAGAUAAUCAGACACAUCACCUGCGUUAACUACACGAAAAAGGAUGUGAUUGAAUGGUUCUGGUCGAGACUCGUCAAUUCAGUGAAAGCUCCCCUCGACCCAAACUCGAUUGUGCAAAGGGGCAUGAACAACAGUCAGUUGUUGACCUCCACCAACCUGGACACCUCUGUUAGUGUUCCAGGGUUGUCUUGUAAGAAAUCAUCAUCUUCUGGAUCGUCGUCAUCAUCUGGAUCGUCAUCUACAGGGUCGUCAUUGUCAUCAGUGUCUUCAGGAAUGACACCGAUGUCAAAUUCAAGUGGGGGGAGUAUGUCGAGUAGUCAGUUAAAUUCUAUGGAAACAAGUAUGUCUAUGUUGUCAAGUCAAACUAGUAGCAGUCAGCCAACUAGCAUCCCUGAGUACUUUGAAUUCUUGCCUGCAUCACCACAGUCUCAACGCAAGGUAAACAAAUACGAAAAACUGAGUCAAGUCAUGAACAGGCAAGAUAGACCAGAUGGUCAUAGUGCGAAAUGUGUAAGUGCCCCGGUUGUGUAUGAAAGAGCCAGAGAUGUACCUCCCACUCCGCCAGAAAGGUUUUUAACAGAGACAAAGUAUGGUCGUUCAUGUCCGUCACCAAGGGGUGGCUUAAGGGGUGGAGACCGGCCGCCCCUACCCCCUCCACGAGACCUGUCCAUGAAGCUUGAACAGAAAGUCUCAACUCGAUCAGAGAAUAAAGCGUCACAGGGCCAAGAAGAAUACUUCUGUUGAUUCAUUCAGUCAAAGUUUCAACUUAUUUAUUUGAUCAAAUGUAAAUUACAUUAUUACAAAAUUAUAUUAUAUUAUAUUAACUACAUACUGUAUCAAAUACUUUAUUUUCACCAAUUUAAUGUAAUAUAUACUGACUUUGAUGUUACAACACUUUUAAUUAUCUUUAAAUUUGACUUAUUAUAAACAUACUGAUUUUCUUCAAAUAAUCUUCCAGUAAAAACAACAUUGUUCUGUUUUAAUAGACACACGUUACUGCAGAAAAAAUGGAAUCAUUGAUCUGUUAAAUGAAUUUUAAUACCCUUGUAACAUAUGUAUAACAUUUUAUUUGUACUGGCUUUGGAAAACUCUGUUAUGUGAAUUUCGGGCUACUUAAAUUGUUUUUGGCUCAUCUCUGUAAAUUUGUAAUACAUCUGUAACAGUAGAUUAAUAAGUGUGGUAUAAAUGUGUUUAGGGUAUCAUACCGUUCAGGACGAAAUGGUCCGAUACCGAUACUAAAAAAACGAUUCAAUAUUUAAACGAUACCUAUACUGAUACGAGGCGAAUUACUUAUGGUUUCUACCUAUGAACUGCAAGGUUAGAGUAUUGAUCAACUUAUGGUGUAAGAAACAUUAUGUUUAUAAUUUGUUUACAAUGGUUUCAUCUUUAUUGACAGGAAAAUAUUUGUAAUAGUGCGAAAUUACUGGUAAUUUGUUUACAGUGUUACUGUAAAAUGUCACCCAUAAUUUUUAUUAGCUAAAGUACGUUACUUUUUGCACUUUCAUCAUUAUAUUUAGUUUAUCCAGGAUGGGAUUUGAAUGGAAUUUCUAUUUUUAAUAUGAAAAGUAUCGAUAUCGGAACCGUUUUUUUAUGAAAGGUAUGCAACCUUAUACAUGAUUCUUCCAUAUUAAGUGUCACUGUGUGGUUUAAAAUAUGCAGCUGCUACGUGUACAUAUUUUUUUCUUAAACGUGUUUCAGAGUUGUGCAAUAUUUAUUGCUUGUCCUUGAAUGUGGUUUGAAUUUGUAUUUGGGUUUACAGUGUGUUUUUGGACUAAAAAAAUAGCCUCAAAAGUUGAUAUGAAGUAUUUUUAUUAACUCAAUAACAGCACUGAUAUGUUUCAAUGCAAUCUUAAAAUGCUUUAGAACCAAGUGCUAGAAGGAGGCUUUGCUCCCUGUGCACUCAAGGCACUGGGUCAAUUCACAAUUUAAAGUGACUCUCUCAUGUUCUUGGACCAAAAAUUAGUCUUCCCGGUAAUGCAACUGAAAACACUUAUUUAUCAUUAUUUUAUUUAUGAUAUCGAAAUUUGCAGAAAAAAAACAGUUAUAGAAUAAAAAAGUAUUUGGUUUAAGCGGGGUUCAAACCCACGCCGGUAAAGUCAUUUUUUUUUUAGAAAACAGUUAGUCCACACAGCCACCAGGACUUUUACAAAAAUGGUGGAUAUGUUGACCAGUUAAGGAUACAAUGAUAGCAUCACGUGAUAAUGUCAAUCAACUAAUCACGCAACACCACAGCCGUAAUUAAUUUUCAAUCGGGUUAUAAACGCUAAUGAAAAUUGUGGUCUUCAAUGACGAUAUUUGAGGAAAUAUUAACAUUUGCUAAAGAGUUCCAGUUUUUCGUAUUUUUGUUUUAUCACUCCUUAUGAUUUGUCACACUUUAUUUCGUAAUUAAAAAAAUAGUGCAUUUUACAAACCAUGAGCAAGUCACUUUAAGGCAUUUUGUCAUCAUUGUCACAAUUUAAAGGGCCUUGGACCCUUUCACAAAAGGAGGAAAAUACUACUUGGUUGAUACACAUGUAUGUUUUUCUUUGAAAACUAUUUUUGUGUUACAAUGAAAAGAUGUUUGAUGUAAAUAGAUGUUAGUUUGACUUAAAAGUUAAUGCAUGCUUUUAUUAUAUAUGUAAUGCAUUAUUAAUAAUGAUGUUUUCGUGUUUUUUUGGUUUUUCAAUGAUACAUAUAAUUGUUUUGAUCUUUAGAUCUUUAUUAUUAUUUUAUUUUAUUUUUAUAUUGAGAGUUAUAUUUUUAUCUUGUGUCAUAAACACUAUAGUGCCUUUAAUUUUGAAAAUGAAACUUUCUUAUGGAAUUUACAGUUAUUUAUACGAUUAUACUGGUAUGCAGUGAUGGUUAAGUGAGGGGUUUUAUGUGGAUUGAGAGGGUUGAUAGCUUUGAAAUUUCAUAUAAAUUUCAAUGAAAUUUCAUAUAGAUUUCUAUGAAAUUUCAUAUAGAUUUUGAUUGGGUAUUUAUCAAGCCAGUUAUCAACUAAAAGUGUAUAUUAAUAUGUAGUAGGAGAAAACUGUGUAUUCAGUAGGAGAACUCUGUGUGUCUUGUAUGAGGAUGUGGUUGGACGUCAGGGCAUCAACUGGUGAUUUCCACUCAGAAACUUUAGUUAAGACUGACAUAAAGUGAUGAAACUUAGUAUGUAGAAAGCUCACAUGGAGACAUACAUUGCAUUUCAGGUAUGUGGGUCAAGGUCACUUUUAUUAAAAAUAAAAAAAGUAUUUGGUCAAUAUAUUGACAUAUAGUGAUGAAAGUUGGUAUGUAGCAAGCUCAAGUGGGUACUUUCCUAUGAAUUGCAUUAAGGGUAUGUGGGGUCAAGGUCACUGUUAUUGUAAAUAAAAAUGAUUUCCCUCAAUAAGUUUAGUUAGGAGUGACAUAUAGUGAUGAAACUUGGCGUGUAGUAAGCUCACGUGGAAACUUACCAUAGAAUUGCAUUUAGGGGAUUGUGGGGUCAAGGUCAAGGUCGUAGGCAGGUUUCUGCGCAAUGGCGUUAGGAAUGAAUGACAAGCUGAUGUAGAAAUGUGCAAUAGAUGUUUAUUAUGGAAAUUGAGGUCAAGGUUGCUCGUGUUGAAAAUAGAUAUGACUGGUAUUAUUAAAGCUAACAUACAAUUAUCAUUAAAAACCUGGUUACAUCACAUUGCAGUGUUUCUAGUUUACUUUGUAAAAAUAUCAUCUAAAAUGUAUAUUUUUAUGUUUUUAUUUCUUUAUCUUUUAGUCUAGCUGAAGGGACUUUUUUAUAAAGUGAUUCUCACACAGAGCUUGUGUAAACACUUUUUUUUUCAAAUCAAGCUUUUUUUUAUUUACUGUUUGAAACAAACACCAUCAAGUACAAUACAGAUACUUGUUUGAACAGAAAUUGAUAAAUUCUAGCCUAAAAUCAUCCUAUUUUCAGUAGUGUUAUUUACGAUUUUUAUCAAAAUGAAGUAUUAUCCGUCAAUUUUUCAAGCAUUUAUGACCAAAUUGAAAACUUCUUUUAGACUUAUGAUAACCAUUGUCAUAGGCAUUUAAUUUACAUUUCAGGUAAGGCCGCACCAAUUUGAUUUUGUGUUUGACAAAUGUUUUGGCAUGAAUUGUUUUAAGCCAGCUGGCGAAAUAUUUAUUUCAUUACUUUUAGGGGGGGGGGAGGCAAAUCCAAUUUUUGUUUUGGAUCGCAUGAAGAUAGAAGUGAAUCAUUCGAACAAAUCAUCAUUUUUGUGUGGCCUUAAAUGUGUUGUUUUUUGUGUCAGCGAGAGAAUCAAACUUUAAGUAUGUCAAAGACUUUCAACCAUGUACUUGUAUGAUGUACUGGGUCAAGGUUAUAUUUCAUGAGAAAGUCGAGGGCUUAGCUCUGUUCCUGUACUCAAUAUAUUUUUUACUCCACUUAAGCCUGCCAAAAGCAUUUAAAAUGCCUGUUCUAUCAUAAAACUUUGUUUUAUCUAAAAUAAAGAUGUGAAUGAUUGUCUGUGAGUAGAAAAUACAAUGGAAAAUGUGAAUGAUGUUCUGUUGAAAAUAAAUAUAGCAUUUUAACCAAGAAUAAAUCGUAUAAAAGGUU